AUGCCUUGGACUAUGCUUCCUUCUCUGUGCGCAUUGAGGAGAGGGACAUCGCUGACAUGCUCACAAAGCUCAAGGCUAUCACAGCAGAACGUGGGGAGUGCGCUGCAGGCUACAGUGCAGAAGGUGUGGCAGCGGCUGUCGUACCACUCGGUGAUCGCACAGGAAGCCAAGAGGCAGCAGGACGAGUAUGGACACAACGAGGCAUGGGCGUUUGGCAUCAGCCUGCUGAAACACGAUGACGCCAUUGAUACACUCAUUGAGGUUUUGCACUAUAAGCUUCACAAUGACAGAUGGCGGAGGGUCUUCAAUUACAAGCAGUCUCGUGAGGAGUUACAAAAGUAUUUCGGUGUACCCAAAUCAUGUCUUGUCGUGUGAUAUAGAUUGAAGGUACAAUAUCUGAGAUACUUAUGGUUUGCUAUGUCUUGUUUGUCAGCAAGUUGUGAAACUAAUUUUGCAUCACACCUCACAUCACA